AUGCCAGAAAACCAACCUGCCCCUUCGAUCCGGUCGUUCCGUUCCGAUCGAGGUCCUCGGACGUCGAGCUCGGCGACUCGCGACCGAACCUCGUUCGCCUCGGCCUACCAUUUCGGCUCGGGCUCUGGACCUUCUACCUCGACCUCGGCCUACCCCUCGUUCAUGCCCUCCCCCAACGAAUCAGUAACGCAAGACCUCUCCCCUCGAAUGACGACCUUAUCCCGAGGUAUCUUCACCCGACCCAAAUCGUCAUCAGGGGCAUCGUUGCGUGCUUCCGAUAGCAACAGCGGUCACGGCACCUUCGAGACUGCCGACCAGGGGUUUUCGAAUCUUGGAGCCAGCACCAGCAGCCCCGGCUCUGAAUCGCCGCGCGCUUCGGUCAUCGCGCCGCGCCCUGACGCCUAUCUAUCGUCUUCGACCAAUGCCAGGUUAACACUAAAACGUGCACCAGCUUCGUACCAUGGUCAUUCGAACGUGGAUCGAUUCGAUCACGACGAUGCACCUUCCUCAUCGGCCGCAUCGUGCGCCGAGCGGUCAUACGAGCGCGAGACGACUUUUCUCAAGUACAAGGAGACUAAUCGACCGAUCCCUACCUUCGAACGAACCUACGCCUGCGUUCAGCGAGAAAGCUCUACACCCGUCUCCGUACCCGACUUGGACCCUUCAUCGCACCUCCGACGCCCCGCGAUCCAACCGCACCAAAAGCACCCCUCGAUCGAUUCGGGCUAUGGGGGAAGUCAUGACUCGUACUGCAGUAGUACGAGCCCGAACGAAGUGCCCGCCACUAUCUUAAUCAAACAUGACAGUUGGUCCCCACCUCUUGCACGCCAUUCACCCCAGCUUCAAGCCAAGGAAAAGGAGCUGCCGAGUGAGUGUGAUGCAGGUUUUUCGGUUUGUCGCCUUCAGUUGCUCAUCCACCACCGUUCCUGCUUUGCAGUUCCCGUCGAUUACGACGAACAACCGUUACCACCCCUUCCUCGAGGACCGAACUUCGUAGCCGAUUCAGGUCUCUGGAACCGUCUGACCACGAAUUUCAAAUCGACCGUUAUGCACGCCACGACCGUAUCCAAAGACUCCCUCAAACCUUCUAAUUACGGCUCCGACCCCAUCGAAGAAAAUUCGACUCCCGACGCGCAAGGUGAAAGUCGUCUUUCGAGAGUGAUCAGGGACUAUCACCUCAAUCGAGCCGAGACGAUCGAGGACGUUCCCGAGUGGUUGAUUGAUGAGGAGGAGAUGAGGAGGAGAUGAGGAGGAGGCAAGGAUGUAGGAGGUAUUCCGUUCAACCUCCUCAGGUCGGGGAGAAACAGUUCGUACCUCAGAGGUCCGAGCAAUUGGUGCUUCAAGUUCCUCCAAAGGAUUUACCGAGGCCGGCACCUUACUCGAGGUCGACGUCGGACCGUUCGGAUCGCUCGGAGGAGUACGGCUCGACUCUGUCGAAUGGGAGGUAUAGGGGCAGCGGUGGCGGCGGUGGCACGCCUUCGAGUCGUUCGAUCGAAAAGUUGCUCAAGAUGAGAGCCGAGGAGAGGCUCAACGCUCGCGCGGUGGUGGUCUGA